GGAGCAGCCACUUGGCUCACAACUGGUCUCACCAUAGAAGAAUCCCAAAUCUCUCUCUCUAGAGAUGUGAAAAGGCUCGGAAGGCAUCCUACAGACAUUCAAUUGUUGACAGUAGCCCGACUCAGAGAUAAGCUGCAAACUCACAUUACAAGCUUUCUUGAGAUGGCACCUACCUAUCUUGGAUUUGUAGACAGGGUUCAUAAUUCACUGGAUGAAGAUUAUUCCGAUCUCAAUGAUCACAAUCCGGAUCCGGAUCCGGAAACACAUCAUGCCUCCAUCUUUCAACCUGAGCUCACUAUCUUACCUUUGCCUUCCAACACCGAUCUCAUGAAAGAAGAAACUGCCCUUCGUGAAGGUCAGGCCAAUGAUGCCCUUCAUGCAAUUAGAGUUCAUUUGGGAGAUAAAGCUGUUAUAUUCCAGAAUACUAUCUGGUCAGCCAAGUCACAAGCCUCCUCCACCAGGGCAUGGACUCAGGUUCGCUCAGUGGAAAUGGUAGUCAAUCUUAAUGCCAGGAUAUAUUCAAAAUGUCAGUUGCAGCUAGCAAAACUCCCUGAUCAUGACCUGCUGAAGAAGUAUCUUCCACUAAAGAAAGAACACCUGAAGGCAAAUGCUGCAGUUGCAGAUCCAAAUGCACGUGGUCAGAGGGAUGCUACUCUCGCAUGGUUCUGGUCAAUAAAUGUUCAGGGUGAUACAUCCGGAAAUGACUGGAUGACAGAAUUCUAUAGAGUCAAUUGGCUCUGGACAAAGGCCCUAUGCAAUCGUUGGAAUGAAGAGGUCAUUCUUGUCAAACAUGAAAUGCAGUGGUCUGUCAAUUUCUUUACCUACAAGGCCAAGCAAUGGUUAAGUCUCAUGGACAAUGCCACUUCCACUGGGCUGACCGGACAUGCAUGUUAUGCUGCCCGACAAUGUCACAUAUAUCAACAACUAGCUGCACAUGCAGCGGAGUCAUUUCAGAAAGUGAUUCCAGUUAUUCAGCUGGAAGUACUGGUUGUUACAUAA